AUGCCCCCACAACAACCACAAGCCCAAGCCCAAGCCCCUCUUGUUCAGCAGUCGCCGUACUCACUCCACCUCGGCGUAGUUUGCGAUGCAUGCAAGGCCGACCCGCUCCCCGGGGUGUUCCGUCUGAAGUGUGGCAAUUGCCCCGAUUUUGACCUCUGUGACCAAUGUUUCUCCCACAAAACUCCGCAAACGCACCCUCCCGACCACACGUUCCUUGUCCUCACGAGGCCCUUGCCGAAUCCACCUAAUCCAAAAUCCGCGCAGCCGCUUUUAAGCUGCUUAUUGGACUACGCUACCUGGCCUCAACCCGCGACGCAACCGCGUGUGGCCAGUGUAAACCUUCUUGAAACCUUAGGUCUAUCGACUCCUGAUCGAUAUCUCAUUAUAAUCGACGACUUGCUAAGCGACGCCCAGUGCACAGACCUGGUGGCCUAUGCAGAAAGCCUUCACUUUUCGUCCCCACCGGCGAACAAGUUUGGGGUGUUUGUGUCGAACAUACUUAUCCGGUCCGACUCGAGUGUAAUGACUGGUGAUAUCCAUAAGAUUACAUGGCUAUGGAACGAAAUAUCUCCCUAUGUCCCGCCACAAUUACCGGGCGGCGCGACUGGCGACGCUCUCCAGGUCCGGGGAUUGAACCCUCAACUCCGCUUCAACAAAUACACGCCGAGCCAAUCUUUUGCCGCUCAUGCUGACGCCCCGUUUACCAUCCAUCGGUUGGAUGGCACUCUUCAGAGCAAGCUCACUCUCAUGAUUUAUCUCGGCACAGACAACAUGACGGGCGGGGCGACAAGGUUUCUGAAUGCGGAGACCAUGAAGCACUUUGAUGUCGAGCCCAGGAAGGGGCGGGCACUGAUAUUCUCACAGGAUCUGGUGCACGCAGGGUUGGUGGUCAAGGAAGGCAUAAAGUAUGCGGUUCGCGCGGACAUCAUGUAUUUUGAGAAGCCCAGAACAGCCUGGCCUGAGCAACACCACGGCGGCGACCGCGCAAGCCUUGCCCGACGAGGGUUCGAUUGA